CUCGUGUUUAUUGCAAGUCCGUUCUGUGAACUGGUGUCUUUGUGCUUUUUACCAGCAGUUGAGGCUGAGCUGAUACUGAUAUUGACGAAAAUCAUAGAGUCAUCGUCAGUAUAUAAAAAUGCUUUCGCAACGUAUCGUCGCUGCUGCCCCGAAAUUAUUUAGGAGGAAUUUCGGAAUCGCUGCUCCAGCUCUUCAGAACACCGACCCAAUUCAACAACUUUUCAUCGAUAAAAUUAGGGAGUUCAAAUCAAAGGGUGGCAAGGUUGACACUCCUGAGUACCAAAAGGAGUUGAAAAGUGAACUAGAAAGAAUAGCCAAAGCUUAUGGUGGUUCUGAAGGAACUGACAUGACUUCUUUUCCUAAAUUUAACUUCCCAGAACCCAAAGUUGAAAUUAGUGCUGCACCAGCUACUGCAAAGUAAAUUCCUUACCAUAUAUUAAUUAUAAAUGGUUAAAUGUUUUAGAAUAAAAAAUAAUUGUUAAGGUU